GAGAGAGGGGGGUGGUAAACAGGUCUCGUUGUGGAUUGAUUCACUGCCGCUAUCAUGCGCCACUCGUCAAAAGCUCGACCUCUGGUCAGGGGCUACAUACCGGCUGGUGCGGCCCUGCUAUUUUAAAACAAGUUGUAUUUAUUUAUACUUUCCUACUUUUCCCUUUUUCUUGCGAAUGCGGCUGUUGCUUUUCCGCAACUUCGCAUUUAGCAAAAAAGAAGCCGCGCGCGCUGCGUUCACCCGCGCUGCGCGCAACAACGGGGACGCGCGGGCCGAGUCCAUCGACGCAGAGAGAUCUCGCUCGGAGAGAGAAAGGAGGAAGCGAUACACGCAUGGAGCCCAGGGAAAACGCGGCCAAGAGGCCAGGUCACUCGCUCUCCAAAUUCACCAUCCGAUGCAUCCUGGGAGCCCAGACGGACGGGAGCGACUGCGGCAGCGAGGAGGAGAGCGACGCGGAUGGGAGGAGAAGGGGGGCCCCUGCCGCCACUCAGGCUCCGAGAGGGGGCGCCGCCGCUGCCGCCGCUGCCGCCGCCGCCACUGUGGCUCAGGAUCGACAUCGCACGGGCUCCUCCCGUCUCUCUGAGCCCUUGGAGGGGUCUCGCAAAGUCGCCUGCUGGCUGCAGGAACACCAGAUCGCUUGCUGCCACGAAGUGGCCAAGCGAGCAUUGGCCGGGCACGGCGUCUCUCAGGAAAGGAUCCAACCUCAACUACAGCAGCAGCAGCCGCCGCAUCAGCAGCAGCAUCAUCAUCAUCCGCAUCAGGAGGCGAGGGCCGGUCACGCCACCUCCCCAGCGCACACGGAGCCACGCAGCAGCAACAGCAGCAGCAGCAUCAUCAUCGACACUCCGCCGGCGCUGACGGCAACCGCGCCUCGGUUAAACGGGGCGGCCGCGCCCCACGUUGUUGUUGUUGUUGGUGGCGGCGACGAUGAUGACGACGAUGAUGACGAUGACGACGACGAUGAUGACGGCGGUGGCGGCGGCGGCGGCGGCGACAUCGUCGUGAGCGGGGACAGGGCCUGCGAGAGCCCCCCUCAGCACGGCAGCCCGCGUGCGCCCCCCAAGAAGAAGACGCGGACCGUGUUCUCUCGGAGCCAAGUGUUCCAGCUGGAGUCGACGUUCGACAUGAAGCGCUACCUGAGCAGCGCGGAGCGCGCGGGGCUCGCCGCGUCGCUCCACCUCACCGAGACGCAGGUGAAGAUCUGGUUCCAGAACCGGCGCAACAAGUGGAAGCGCCAGCUCGCCGCCGAGCUCGAGGCCGCCAACCUGGCGCAGGUGUCGGCGGCGCACAGACUCGUGCGUGUGCCCGUGCUCUACCGGGAAGGGGGCCUGCACGGAAGAGCGGCUCCCGCGGGGGGCGUCAGAGCCCCGCUCGCGUUCCCCUACCCCUUCUACUACCCCGGCGGUGCCUUGACACACUUCUCGAUGCCCUACACCGCCAGCAGCUCCGGCCUCAUGCAGUGAGAGUGUGGACAGAAUUCGUUGGUCACGACGCGUUGUUGUUGUUGGGGGGUAGGGGGGGGGGCGGUGUAGAAGCAGAGAGCUCCGUUCCGUCGCCGCAUUAUACGAGUGCGGUAAUAAUACGUUUUAGUCCGUCAGCCUGUCGUUGGCUUUUCAGACCAAUGUUAGUAAUCGUCCAGCAGCAGCAGCAGCAUUUGUUUUGAAGCAAAGCAAAACGUCUGGUGCGUUUUCUUCGACGUUUGUGGGUCUCCUCGGCAGUCGUGCUCCCGUGCUUGUGAAUGAGUGCGCGCCGGGGCAGCGAGACUGACAGGCGGCGAGACGGCGUCGAAGCAACCGCGCGAGCUCCCCAACGUCAGCUGUGCGCGAGGUGAUACAGAUGCGAAACAUUUGUGGAUACCCCCACUGACUUGUAAUGACGCCCUAUUCUCAACAGGUGAUCGAAUGUUGUUGUGAAAGCGAUGGCUCCGUAUCUUACAGAGUGUUAACAGAUGUACUAAGUGUGUCGUUGAGUCUGAUGGGAGACGCGUAGAGGCUUUGAAAUGUAAUGGGGUUUUUUUAUCAAUGUAACGUGUCUCCAUUGUUUUAGUGGGGUAUCUAUAAAUCGAUCACCCUUGUAUGAUUUUCCAUGACUGUGUACGUGUACUGCCGCUUUUUUGUCCAUCCGCUGCUGGAUGACUGCCUAUUAUUUGACCACACUUCACCGCGCUAGUCAGUGCAGAGUUGAUGAAACCGGGGAGGAGCAUAUAAGUCAGGGCAUAGUGCAGUACAACAUGUGCGAAAAUAAUAUAUCUGCAAAUUUGGCUCUGCAUACUGUACUGCAUAUGUACAUAUACUGAAUAAUACUGUACGUGUGCAUAUAUUGUAUGUCAUUGGUUCUCAACCGGGGGUGGGGGGGGGGGGGGCGC